UUCUGAUCCCCCCAAGUACCUUGUUUUAUCUGGUACAGAUUUUGUAUAUACUUAUGAUGUAUUCAUGUUCUUCUCCUUUCCCUCCCACCACUAGAAAGCAAGCUGUAGCAACUUAGUUUCUAUCUUCUUAUCCUCCGGGGGCUGGAAUAGUAUUCGGCACGCUCGUGGUAAAAUAUACAUUCGUUCAACAGAAUCCAGAGAUGAAUGACUUAAAAGGGGGCGGGACUACGGAAGCCAGAACUUCCGGGGUUCUCUAUGCGCAGGCGCAGAAAAUUCUUCGCUUCCGGUGGAGGGGACUGAACUCUGGCUGGGGCGGUGAGAGCCCGACCCCGCGCAGUCGCUUUGCCGGUCCCGAGUCCCGACGGCUCUCCCUAUAGACCCCUGGCAUCUCGUCUCCGUGUAGCUCGCCAUGGUCCAGCUGACCUCCCUGCUCUGUAAGACGUACCGAAACGGCCAUGUGACCAUCCGCCUGGCCCUCAGCGGCUGCACCAACCGGCCCUUCUACCGAAUUGUGGCCGCCUACAACAAGCGUUCCCGAGAUGGCCCGUUCUUGGAGCAGCUGGGCUGCUAUGACCCCCUGCCCAACACAAAUGGGGAGAAGCUGGUGGGCCUUAACUUGGAGAGAAUCCGGCACUGGAUAGGCUCGGGAGCCCAUCUCACCAAGCCCGUGGAGAAGCUUCUAGGCCUUUGUGGAUUUUUCCCUCUGCAUCCCAUGACUGUCACGAAUGCGGAGAGGCUUCGACGGAAACGAGCUCUUGAAGCCAGUUCAGCUUCUGAGGCAGUAAACAGAGAGGCAGCACCCAGCUGAGCGGUAUGAGCAGGCUCUGCAUGUCCAGUCCAGAAGCAUUUCUCAAGUGCUUGUUCUGUGCCAGCCAUUCUGCUGAGCUCUUCAAAGAAUACGAUCUUAGAGCCACAUGGUGCCCUUUAGUCAUUCUGUUUUGUUCUAAGGUGAAUAAAUGGAACUUUCAGA